GCUCCUUCACCACCCCGAGUCUCCCUCGCACUAGCUGGGUCGAGAGUAAUGAAACCCAGGAGGAGUGUCUGCUGGUGCAGGACAAACAUCCUGGUAGAACCGCGCUCUGCGUCCAUCCCAGAUAGAGAAGCCGGCGGGGCGGAGGAGUUGGGGUUGGAACCCUUUUCUGCUCUUCCCUGCCACUGCCCACUUCGCUGCCACCUUCGCCCAGUGCGCUCCCCUCGAUCCAUCGGCACCCUGCGCUCUUCUGGGGCUGAGCCGCCAGCCGAGGUCCAUCUUCUGCGUCUGCGACAGAAGCGACAAGGAGGACCUCCCCUCCCCAGAGCAAGAAAGAGGAGACGAUGCUGCGGCGGCUGGUGCCCCAGUGGAGCGUCCUGGUGUUCCUGCUGAGCUACUCCAUGCCCUCCUGCGGGCGCUCGGUGGAGGAACUCGGCCGCCGGCUCAAAAGAGCCGUGUCGGAACAUCAGCUCAUGCAUGACAAGGCCAAGUCCAUUCAGGACCUGCGGCGCCGCUACUUCCUUCAAAAUCUCAUCUCUGAGAUCCACACAGCCGAGAUCAGAACUACCUCUGAGGUCUCCCCCAACUCCAAGCCUGCCCCCAACAACAAGCACCACACGCUCCGAUUUGGAGUGGAUGAGGAAGGCCGAUACCUCACUCAGGAAACCAACAAGGUGGAACAACCUCUGAAGACCACCAGGAUGAAAAAGAAGGGCAAGCUGGGGAAACGCAAGGAGCAGGAGAAGAGGAGGCGGCGGACACGCGCGGCCUGGACCACCACCCAAGUGACUGGCAGUGGGCUGCAAGGGGACCACCUGACGGACAACUCCACCUCACUGAGGGAGCCUGGCUCACGGAGACACUGAAAAUUUUCACAAGACCUGCAGAAGACAUAUUGCAAAAUUCUGUAAUAGUGAACAUAUGAAAAGUAUUAGAAAUAUUUAUUAUCUGUAAAUACUGUAAAUGCCUUGGAAUAAAGCUGUCUUCCCAGUACUCUAUAAAACUGCUCAUUGGUCACUGAGAAUAUUUUUUGUCAAGGCUAAU